AUGGCUAUGGCAAAUGCAGAAAAACAAAAAGGAUAUCGUGAAAAUUUGAAAGCCAGAGGCUUACACCAAGUGAUGAAACAAAAAAAUGCUGCACGAAUGAGAAAAUUACGUCAAAAUUUGACGGGUAAUAUGAAGGAAGCGUACGACAAAAAGCAUGCACAGUCUCAAAAAGCAUAUCGUAAUAAAGAAAAAGAAUCUAAAAUAUUUUUCUCAUCAAGACAAUCUUUCGGUAAGGCAGUCAAGAAAGUGAAAAGAGUCCUUCCGAAAGACUUAAACAAGAAAAAAAUAGUGAGCCAGGCGCUGGCUCAAUCUGUUGGUAUUUUACCAAAAGACAGUCAUCAACGUGUUUCAAGAAAAUUAUCAACCAAAAUUAAGGAUACGGUUGUUUUAUUUUAUUGCCGAGAUGACAUUUCUUAUCAGAUGCCUGGACAACGAGAUACAAUUGUUGUCAAAAACAAUUAUAGUAGAACAACAUAUCAAAAACGAAUUCUUCUUUAUACAAUUCGUGAAGCAUAUGAAAUUUUUCUUGUUGAAAAUCCUGGUAUUUCCAUUGCUCGAACUAUUUUUGCUGAAAUGCGUCCUGAACAUGUUGUGAUUAAAUCAUGCAUGGCACACCGUGUAUGCGUGUGUAUGCACCAUGAAAAUGUCAAUUUACUUUUAAAUACUUUGCAGAAGCAUGUACAUGGGUCAAUAUGUUCAGAUUUACAUUCAUUUACAUCGGCUCUUGUUUGUGAUGAGUCUAAUUAUAACUGUAUGGCAUCGAGUUGUUUACUCUGUGAAAAUAAAUUUGAUACAAAUAUCAAAAAUAAUAUUAUCGAUCGAAAUAUUACAGUUAAAUGGUAUCAAUGGAAAAAUAUUAACCGCUAUGCAGCCAAAGAAGAAGAACAAGGUUCAGUUGAACAGUGUGUGGAAUUAUUAGCUUCCAAAGUGAGGCCAUUCUUAUUACAUGUGUACAUUAAACGUCAACAAAAUAAAUCUUUUGAAGAAUCCAAAUCAAAUUCGAAUAGUAACAAAAUCGUUGUUCAAGUUGACUAUAGUGAGAAUUUCGAUAUUAAAGAUCAAGAUCAAAUUCAAGCUGCUCAUUGGAAUACCAAAUCGGUAUCUUUAUUUACAGCCCAUGCUUGGUGUGGAGAAAACAAUUAUUCAUUUUCCUUAAUAUCAAAUAAUCUAACUCAUGAUAAAUAUUGCAUUUCCAAUUGUAUUAUUUAUAUUAUCAAUAAACUGAAACAACACUUGGCAUCAUUAGGAGAGAUUUUUUUUUUAGUGAUGGUGCAGCAAGCCAAUUCAAGCAACGUUAUUUGUUAA